GAGUUUGACACCCCUGCUUUAGUCCAUGUAAACGUAGCCACUGUCUGUAUUUUUCUUGAUGUUUUCUAGUGUAAAUGCAGCAAAGCCCUGCUGAAGUGAGUGUUUUGUGCAGAUCAGAUGUCAUUCUGCUGUAUAUUCAACACACAGCGCUUACACUCAACGAUCUUUGAGGCCAAAAAGCCUUAAAGUGAUCAAUGUCUUUUCUGUUGAAGAAUCUCUGAACUUUUGCAGAUUUUCAUCAUCAUCAUCAUCAUCAUCAUCAUCAUCAUCAUCAGUGUCCGACCAAUCAAAGUAUUUCAAACCCACACACAGGCUGAAUUUAUGAACUAAACCUUUUUCAAAACCUUUAUCAGCGCCACUCCAGUGUAAAUAGACUUUUUUUGAUAAAUAUGCUUUCUAUCAGCAUGUAUAAAUAAUGUCCACAUCAUAUUUUAGGAGGAAAAUAGCGCUUUAAACUGAUGGACACGCUCUUUGAAAAUGUCCAUGAAGCUUCUGUGCGUCAUUGUGAUUUGUGUAUCUUUAAUAUUUGUCCACGAGGAGCACCAAUCUGUGUUUUCCAGAGUCAUGCCAGCAGAAUCAAACUAUAGCAAUACAAACACACCAACUGCACGCCAAUUCACAGUUAAUUCUCAUAUCAACUAUACACGCUGUCUACACAACAACUACACAUUGAUUUUAUGCCAACUAUAGUUCAGAUACAUGUCAACUACACCUCAAUUACAUGUCAACCACAGACUGUCAACAAUACAGCACCAACAACACAUUAACUACAUGCCAACUGCAAGUUAGCUACAUGCCAAAAAUGUCAACUACAUGCCAACUACACAGCCAACUACAUGCUAAAUGUCAACUACACGCCAACUACAUGUCAGAUCAACUACGUCAACUACACACCUAAUGUCAACUACACAUCAUUGACAUGCCAACUACACAUCGACUAUGUCAACAACAGAUUAUUUACAUCAACUACACGUCAUUAACACACCAGCUACACGUGAACUAUUUGAACUAUGCCAACUGCAUACCAACUAUACACCAACUACACUUAAAUUACACACCAAAUACAUCAAUUACACCCCAACUACACUUUAACUACAUCAACUACAUGCCCAAUAUGUCAAUUAUAAACCAGCUACACUUCAACUACAUCAACAACACACCGAAUACAUCAAUUACAUGGCAACUUCAUUUUAACUACACACCAAAUACGUCAACUACACGCCAACUUCAAGGCAAAAAUGGCAAUUACACGCCAACCACACUUUAACUACAUCAACUACACACCAAAUAUUUCAAUUACACACCAAAUACGCUUUAACUACAUUAACUACAUGCCCAAUACGUUCGUUACACACCAACUACACGUCAACUACAGGACAAUAUGUCAACUACUUGCCCAAUACGUCAAUUAUACACCAACUACACUUUAACUACACACCAAUUAUGUCAAAUACAAGCCAACUACACUUCAACUACAUGUCCAAUACUUCAAUUACACACCAACUACACGUCAACUACAAGGCAAAAAUGUAAAUUACACGCCAACUACACUUCAACUACACACCAAAUGCGUCAAUUACAUGCCAACUCCAAGGCAAAAUGUCAAUUACACGCCAACCACACUUUAACUACAUCAACUACACACCAAAUACGUCAAUUGCACACUAACUACAUCAACUACAUGCCCAAUAUGUCAAUUACACACCAACUACUUGUCAACUGCAGGGCAAAAAUGUAAAUUACAUGCCAACUACACUUCAACUACAAAUCAAAUAUGUCAAUUACAUGCCAACUACAAGGCAAAAAUGUCAAUUACACGCCAACUACACUUUAACUACAUCAACUACACACCAAAUACGUCAAUUACACACCAACUACACUUUAACUACAUCAAAUACAUGCCCAAUACGUUAAUUACACACCAACUACACGUCAACUACAGGGCAAAUAUGUCAACUACUUGCCCAAUACGUCAAUUAUACACCAACCACACUUUAACUACACAACAACUACAAAUCAACUACAGGGCAAAAAUGUCAAUUACACGCCAACUACACUUUAACUACAUCAACUACACACCAAAUACGUCAAUUACACACCAACUACACUUUAACUACAUCAAAUACAUGCCCAAUUCGUUAAUUACACACCAACUACACGUCAACUACAGGGCAAAUAUGUCAACUACUUGCCCAAUACGUCAAUUAUACACCAACCACACUUUAACUACACAACAACUACACGUCAACUACAAGGCAAAAUUGUCAAUUACACGCCAACUACACUUCAACUACACACCAAAUUCGUCAAUUACAUGCCAACUACACUUCAACUACACACCAAAUACGUCAAUUACAUGCCAACUACACUUCAACUACACACCAAAUACAUCAAUUACAUGCCAACUACACUUCAACUACACACCAAAUACGUCAAUUACAUGCCAACUACACUUCAACUACACACCAAAUACGUCAAUUACAUGCCAACUACACUUCAACUACACACCAAAUACGUCAAUUACAUGCCAACUACAAGGCAAAAUGUCAAUUACACGCCAACCACACUUUAACUACAUCAACUACAUGCUCAAUACGUCAAUUAUACACCAACUACACUUUAACUACACACUAACUAUGUCAAUUACAUGCCAACUACACUUCAGUACAGGGCAACUAUGUCAAAUACAAGCCAACUACACUUUACUACAUCAACUACACACCAAAUACGUCAAUUACACACCAACUACACUUCAACUACUCAUCAAAUAUGUCAAUUACAUGCCAACUACAAUGCAAAAAUGUCAAUUACACGCCAACCAUACUUUAACUACAUCAACUACACACCAAAUACGUCAAUUUCACACCAGCUUAUAAAUUACAUAGCCCAAUAUGUCAAUUACACACCAACUACAUGUCAACUAUAGGGCAAAUAUGUUAAUUACAUGCCAACUACAAGGCAAAAUGUCAAUUACACGCCAACCACACUUUAAAUACAUCAGCUACACACCAAAUAUGUCAAUUACACACCAACUACACUUUAACUACAUAAAUUACAUGCCCAAUAUGUCAAUUACAAGCCAACUACACUUCAACUACAUCAACUACAUGCCCAAUAGUUAAAUUACACACCAACUACACUACAACUGCAUCAACAACACGCCUAACACGUCAAUUACACGCCAACUACACUUCAACAACAGGGCAAAUUUGUCCAUUACACGCCAACUACACUUCAACUACAUAAACUACAUGCCUAAUACUUAAAUUACACACCAACUACACUACAACUGCAUCAACAACACGCCUAAUACGUCAAUUACACGCCAACUACACUUCAACUACAUCAACUACAUGCCCAAUACUUAAAUUACACACCAACUACACUACAACUGCAUCAACAACACGUCUAAUACGUCAAUUACACGCCAACUACACUUCAACUACAUCAACUACAUGCCCAAUACUUAAAUUACACACCAACUACACUACAACUGCAUCAACAACACGUCUAAUACGUCAAUUACUAGCCAACUACACUUCAACAACAGGGCAAAUAUGUCAACUACAAGCCAACUACACUUCAACUACAUCAACUACAUGCCCAAUACUUGAAUUACACACCAACUACACUACAACUGCAUCAACAACACGUCUAAUACGUCCAACCCGGGCUCAUUGUGGAAACGUAGCCCCGCGGACGUUUCUGCGGACUGCGAUUUACGUCCCGGGAGGUACGU